AUGCCGCCGCCGCUCUUGACGGAAGAAGUCGCCACCGGAGAGGUGAUCGCACUGAGCGGGAACACGGGGUACUCGCCUACGCCACAUCUCCACUUCGACGCCGUUAAGGUUCUUCCUCAAGAAACGUCCGAGCUCUGGAUCGUGCACCCAUCGGUGUUGCCCCUGCCUUCCGUCGCGGCGAUCUUCAGCGGACCUCUCAAUCGCGAAGUCGAGAACUUCACCGCAGCACCCAUGCAGAAGGAGGAAGAGGAGGAGGCGAGGGAAUGGAAGCGAGGGGAGAUGCUGUAUCGCGCCAAGACGCUGCCGGUGUGUUAAGUUUUUAUGCCGGAGCUUGCCGACACGCACGUCUUUGACGUGGCUACAGAGCCCUUUUCGCUGACUGAUUUGAAGCAAGGUUUUCUUUUGCUCUUGUGCAGUGGUGUGUUUCCUUUGCGUCGUCGUCGUCGUGGUGUGCACGCUCGCGAUCGCGCCGGCGACACGGUACCGCCAAACAAGAAUGGUACCAUAGGCGGCGGCAAGCUUGCUUGCUUGCUCGGGGCAUGUGUGUUCUACCUUGUCUGGAUUCCCUACAUGCCACACUGACUGACUGCUGUGUUCGCAUUCCUGUCUUUUCGUGUCUCAUGAAAGUUGUUGGUAUCGCUUCGUAUUAAUAUAGUCGUCGAAUGGGACGACGGCCUCCUGCCUUUUGCCCGUCCUUUGGGGUUCGUCGAAAUAGUUAUUGCUGGGGGGUUGACACUGACUGACUGCUGUGUUCGCAUUCCUGUCUUUUCGUGUCUCAUGAAAGUUGUUGGUAUCGCUUCGUAUUAAUAUAGUCGUCGAAUGGGACGACGGCCUCCUGCCUUUUGCCCGUCCUUUGGGGUUCGUCCAAAUAGUUAUUGCUGGGGGGUUGACAAGAGUUUUCCGUGGAUCUCUCAUCAUCACUUGUUCUGGGCAUCGUCGUCUUUUCUGUGUCCAUCAUGACCCGGGCGUGUGUCUUGACCUCGGUCGCCGUAGUUAGUUUGUCGAUUUUGGAAUCGUCUUGCACGCAUUGCGCUUGUCGUUUACUCUUUUUUUUCUUGAGAGCAACACCCGUUGUCUUUUUACAAGUGGUCGUGAGUGUUUUUUUUUUUUCAUGUUUUGUUUCGGGGUGAAAUCGGUUGUUUCUGUGUUUGCCUGCCCACCGCGCGAAUCGGCGUCGCCGCCCUUGCCGCCAAGCGUUUCAGCUCUGUUGUCUGUCUUUUGUCGUCACGAAACUCGUAUG